AUGGAGCUGGGAACUUUGAGACAGCAGAUUUCGUGUCAUUUGCAGUCAUGUGGUUUGUCUUCUAAGAAGCUUGCUGUUUUCUUGCCAAAUGAUGCAGAUGACAUUGCGUCACAGGUUUGCAGGGAAUUGGGUCUGGUUUGUGAGCAGAUACAUGUUGACCUGGUAGCAGAGAUCAUCAGGGAUGCUCGUGAUGCGGAGCCCUUACAGAAACGUUUGGGAGGAGACGAGAGCAUGGACCCAUUGCAUGGAAACUUGCUUCAUGAGCGUUGUUCAACUUUGUAUCCAAAACCUGUUGCACCAACUUUCACUGAGUUUGCUUUCGAUGUCAUCAGUUCUAGGCCAAGUCGUAGGAGGAAUUUUCCAACAGAAGAUGCAGAGGAGACACAGAAGAAAGAACAAGGACAGAAAGAGACUUGGUCCAGAGAGUUGUACAAGGAACUCAAGCGUCUGGACGCUCCGGCCUUACUGCAUUUGGAACACUGUGUGGAUCAGAAACACCUACAUCUUGCACUGGCAGGUAGAACCAGGCAUAACACACUGAAACGAUACAUCAAAACAUGGAGAUCUUUCAUGCAGUGGCUUACAGCAGUGCGUGGCAUGAGUGCCAGUCCAGAAGUAGGUGAUCUGGUGGAGUAUCUUUUCACAAGGUUUGAAGAGCCGUGCGGAGCAACAGUACCACCUCUUAUUGUGAAAGCUGUUGUUUGGCUGGAACGUGUUGCAGACAUUGAUCCACGUGAAAGAAUAGGCGACUCACAGGUGGUUUGCUCAGUCAGGGACUAUUUGGUAGAGAUGCUUUCCAAGGAAAAGCCACCAACUCAGCGUGCACCACGUUAUCCAGUUGUGAUGAUGGAAGCUUUUGAACAUGUUGUUGAAGAUGAAAGUCAGCGUAUAGGCUUUCGUUUAGUUGCAUGGGUAAAACUGGUGAAACUAUGGGCAACUCUUCGUUGGGAUGAUGCCCAGAAGAUCAUCCCGAAGGAACUCAAGUUCUAUGGAGGACGCAUGACCACCAUUUUGAGAACUACGAAGACCUCAGGGCCAUCGAAACGAGUACAAGAGCUUCCGGUUUGCGUCUCAGAGCAUGCAUUUGUUUCGAACCCCUUUUGGCUGAAGACGGGUUUUGACUUGUUCAAGAAGCAUGCACCUUUUGAGAGGGACUAUUUGCUUCCCAAGCUGAAUGAUGAAUGGUCAGCCUUUCGUAAAGUGAUGGCGUCAUGUUUUGGCCUGGCAAAGAUGACUGUAUCAUACAUCCUGUCUUGGCAGCCUUUUGGACUGAGCAUUCAGAGAGGGCAACAGUGUGAAAACCUUCCAGAGGAAGGCGUUGAUCGCAUUCUUCAACAUUUUGAGGAAUCACUGGCCUCACCAAUUUUUGCAGACUGGACAGAAGUAGGAAACACAGCAAAUGAUGAGACACUCCAGGAAGCCGACAUUGCAAGUGAGUACACGCAUUACUGCAAGGUGUGCUGGCCAAAGGAGUUUGAACAAGCGCCAGCGCUCGGUGUCAUGGCUUCUCCAGAGGAGAUUGCCCUGCAGGAAGCGUUGAAGAGAGGCAGUUCAGACUUGAAGUUCAUCCUCACGAGGAACGAUGUUUCAAACGACUUGCAAGCAUCCUUUUACAGAAAUGAUGUGACUUCGAUACAGAAGUUCUCCUCCUUCUUCAGAUCGGAGGACGACCUUGUUAAGGUCUUGAAAGAGGAGUUCAACACAGAUGCAGAUACAAGCUUGCAGGCGAGAGCACAGGUGGCUGCAGUGAUAUGUGCGUGGCGCGAAACACAGACGCGUCAGAAGCGACAGGCUGAAGUUGAAGCAGAGAUGGAAACACGUGAAUGGACCAAACCCAUUCCGACUGGAGACUACAUUAGCAUGCGCAACGCAUACAUGAAGGUGCAUGGAAGACUGGAGGACAAGGUAACUCCGUCGAAGGAGUAUUUAGAGAAGAAGUUGCAAGAGCUUGAGAAUGGAGAGUUCAGAGCCGAGACAAUGGCCGAAGUUGUCUCAAAAGAUGAGGUGGACCCUGAUGUGAUGAUACCAGUUUUCGACGCGAAGGGCAGCCUUUCAGUUAGAAAAGGGGCUUCCACAAUCCCUUUGCCCACGGGACCAGAACAGCUCAGACGCAGGUUAUCGGUGAUGGUCAACGCAAUCCUCAUGUUGGCCAUUAAGCAUCCCAACAGAGAGGAAAUCCAAGAUGUGACGCGUGAUCUGUUUGAGCGGUACAAGGACUACGUUUUGGGUGACUAUGUGUGGGGGCUUUCAUCAACAGAUUUGCAAGGGAAAGUCAAAGGGCAAAGGAUCAAGCACCACACACCUGAUGGCACGAAGAUUUGCUUCCGCUUCAACCAGGGCAAGUGCAGUUAUCAGAAAUGCAAAUUCUCCCAUGUUUGCAGUCGAUGUUACAAGAAAGGGCACAAUGCGUUGAAUUGCAAGGAAGAGAAGAGCCCCCCGGUUGAAAUGGUUGACAUUCAAGUGCGACCGUUCUUGGACCUCACCCAGAAAGAAGUCCAACAGCGCUUGUUGAACAAGAUAGCUACAGGACGCUACGAUGCAGUUUUGUUUAGCCCACCAUGCAGUACCUUCUCACGAGUGGUCUGGGCGAAUAGACAUGGACCUCGACCAGUGCGGUCUUGCAGAUUUCCUAGAGGCUUGAAUAGGCUCACAUGGGCAGAACGCAAAAGAGCAACAUGGGGAAACACCAUGGCAGACUUCACUUUCAAGGGUUUUGAGUUGCAAGCAAAACAACAGGACGGCAUUGCAAUUUUUGAAAAUCCGGAGGAUCUGGGGGCAAUGAGAAGCGGCGAGAACUUUGGAGUUAGGCCGGCAAGCAUGUGGCAAUGGGAACAGUUUUCAACUUUGUUACAGCUGGAGCAAGUGACAUCAGUAGCAUUCCACCAACUGGAUUUUGGUACAGACUACCUGAAGCCCACGAGGCUACUACUGGCAAAUGUUGACAAGUUGCAUGAAGCUUUUGCGAAGGGAGACCCCUUUUUGAUGACCAAGUGGGUUGCAACUACAAUUUUAGACAAGUUCAUGUUGCGUUACAACCAGAGUCCUGUCAUCGCUGACGAUGGGGUAAAAGUACACUCAGACAGGACAGACUUUCCCAUUUUACAACCGGACGGGGAAAAACUCUUGGGUGGAUACGGACCGCCUAGGAAAUGUCAACAACCCGGCAGAGAAAGAUUUUUCCAUGAUGGAGCUGGACUCCCAUCAAUGGGGAGAUGGGACAUUGACAAAAGAAUUUGGAACAACAGUGAUUUCUGGUUGGAGUUGCGCAAAGAGACAUUGGACAUGGUCUUACAACACUUGGGUGAUGAGCGGAAGCUGGACAGGGCAUGUUUUGAGAUGGCGGUAAAAGGCGAACAGGGAUGCGAUAUUGUUUGUGAUGAAGGGCUCAAGGAUAGUAUCCGAAAGCUCUGGGUUAGGAAACUUCAACAACAUGGCAGUACUCAAGAGGAUUUGGAAUUUCGAGCUCCUGGCCAGCCCAUUUAUCUGAGGCUCCUCAAGGAGUUACUGGCUUUCUCGGGCGAUAUGGACCGGGAGUUCUUGAUGCAGGGGGAGAGAGGUUUCCCUGUGGGAGUGGACAACCCACUCCCGAGAACCCCUCACGUUUUUGAGGAACAGACCACGUGGAAACUGGAGGAUGACCCACACAUGCAGGAAGAGGAAAACCACCAAGGGAAACGCAGGGUCAUCCACGACGCGACCCACGGCACAAAGAUCAACAACCGCAUCAAGUGCCGAGAUAAGGUUCGAAGCCCGUGCGAGAGAGAAAAGCAAUACUUAUUGGCCUAUUUCCAACUGCUCAGGGCUUCGGUUUUCAGUUUGGUGGGGGACAUCUCCAAGGCUCAUAGAAGAUUUCUUCAUGCACCGGAGGAGAGAGGACUUUUGGCAUGUCGAGUUAGCGAUGAUGAUCCUUACGUUUAUAUUAAUAAGGUUGGAACCUUUGGUCUGGCAUGUGCGUCUUACUGGUGGUCAAGGAUUGCUGGAUCAGGUGUCAGGUUGGUGCAUGAACUUUUGGGGCCACAGAUGCCGAUAGAGCUUUUGAUUUUUGCAGAUGAUGUUGAGGCCAUAGCGGCAAGCCCGGGUGGGCGAAGAGGCAUCACACUGGCCUUUUUAUUUCUUUCUUGUUUGGGUUUCCCUUUCAAAUGGGCGAAGCAACGUGGUGGGCUGCCUGUUGAGUGGAUAGGAUUGUUUACAGACUAUACCACAUACAAGCUUGGACUCUCCCCAAGGAGAGCUGAAUGGAUGUACAACUGGGUCUUGAAGCUUGCAAAAGAAGGCACCACCACAUCAAAAUUUUUCGAGCAGGGAUUGGGGCGACUGGGUUUUGCUGCACUAGCCCUACACUGGGAAAAACCUUUCUUGGGACCACUUUACAGCUGGUCAGCAGCCACGCGUAACAAGCGGGGCCAGUUGAGAUUGCCGGCGAUGCUCAGAGCUAUUUUACUUUUUCUUGCCCGACGGUUCAAAGAAGAAGGUCAGUUGCAAGAGGCCCCACCCUUGAAAGCUGAUGAGGAGUCGGAGGAGGAGAUGCUCUUCUUCACAGAUGCUAGAGCCACGGAGGAUGGAGCAUGGAUUGGUGGGUACAAGCAGGAUCAGUCAGGCAAAAUUUUGGCUUGGUUCUCAGAGGAGAUAACGGCUGAUUGGGCCGGCUGGUUGAAGCUGAGAAAGGACCCAAAGAGGCUGAACGCUUCAUUGGAGCUCUUGGCAACUCUUGUCGCUGUCAAACUUUGGAUGCCGUACAAUCCAAAAGGCUCUAGUGCUAAGUGUUGGAUAAGGGGAAAGACAGACAACUUGGGAAAUUCAUACGCUGUGGCGAAAUGGAUGAGCACCAAAUUUCCGCUCACCGUGCUGGUGAUGGAGCUUUCCGAAUCGCUUAGAUUGGGAAAUUGUUGUCUGACGCUUGAUUGGUUGAGGAGAGACAAAAAUCAACUAGCAGACGACCUAUCCAACAUGAAAUUUGACAGUUUUGACUUGAACCAACGUGUGCUUUGGAAACCUUUUGAACAGAGCUGGCACGUGCUCUCGGAUUUUCUGGUACAUGCAAAUGAGUCUCAUGAAGAGAUGCGGAAAAGGAAAUCAGAAGCUACACCAAUGGAGCCAAAGAAGAAGAAAGCACGGAAAGGAGGUCUUGGUCCCUGGUAG